AUGGCUGCAAUCACCGUGGAAAAAUGGAGCUCUACUGCGCGGGGUACGGAUAUGCUCGUAAAUGACAUUCUGAUGGCCUCGCAGAAUCUGCCAAACUUACACCCCACCAGCUGUACGAUCGGAUACACGGCCCGUAGUUUCUCGGGUUUUCGGGUUGGAAACACGGUGUGGACAGCGGGGAGACGCAUGAUGAACGAGCAUGGUCUCCCACGCCCGACACCCGAGCACAUGACCGUUGUAGCAGAGUUUGAGACCCUUGUGGAUGCGGCUCUUCCAUUGUGUCUAUGGUGGGAACACAACACCUGCUCACUCGACAUUUCGUCACUUCUUGGUGCCAACCUUGCACGCUUCCGUAAAUUUCUUCGAGAUACUUACGAACCGAUGGUGGAGCAAUGGUUGCCGUUAUUAGAGCUCCGUAAUUUUUGGCUACUCGAUGAGAGCGGCAACCCCUUGCAAGACUCGGACAAAUGGAUCCAGGAGCUGUCUUUAGGCCCUGUCAGCAGUUAUGUUUCCUAA